AUGGCGGCGGCAUUCAACAUGGACGAAAUCUAUCGUCUCGUAGACGAUCUGGCGCAAACAACCGACCGCUUCUCCCAACUGAACGCAACAGGAUACGCACCUCCCACUCCAUCCCAUGCCGAAAUCAACAUCCCCGACUAUCGCAUGCUGCCCGAGCUGAUGCGUAGCUCGGCCGGACCCAGACAGUCUCGACAUCGCCGGCCAACAAGUCAGACGACAUCCUCUACCAGGUACAGCAGCACCUGGGACCGUUCCUCAUACCAGGGGUCGGCAGGGUCGUAUCCGUCGACAUCACCCUCCACCAGACCGUCGAGACGAUCUCUACCCGAGAGUGUCGUUGGUCGUAUCGCUGCCAGACUCCCGAACCAAGGCAUAUAUGUACUACCAUGCGAAUUUGCCGCGUAUACUGGCUGCGACGCCAGCUUCGACCUGGAAGAUAUCGACAACUGGAUAGAGCACACCAUCUCCCAUCUCCACGAUAGACCGCCUCCGAAGUCCAUGUGUUGGUUCUGCGACGAAGUCGACUAUCAUGCAGAUAAGCAUAGGUUCGAUGCGAGAACUAUUUUCGAGUAUCGAAUGCACCAUAUUCGCGAUCACAUCAGAGAUGAGCGCUAUACAGUCUGGGACAUGCGCCCUGACUACCACUUUAUCGACCACUUGGAUAAGUACGACAUCAUCGGGAAAGAUGUUAUCGAUACGGCUCGGAGCUGGUGCGAGGGCCCCAGUAGAACCAUGGAGGGUAUUUAUAACCAUGACUUUAUUCCUCCUUCGCAACCCCGCUCAGAGUACGUCCCCUACGACACAAGAGCAGAGGACAGGGAAAGGCAGCGACAGCAACGGAGACAGCGGCAGUCAGCCCGUGGACACCGCUAG